AUGAGCUCAGAGUCGCUAACGCAAAGAGGAAGAAGAGCUAAUUCCAUCAUUCCAAUAGUAACAAGGGCCAUUGGGAGACUACUAAGGAGAAAGUCUUCAGCAGAAGACUCACAAAGGGAUACUGACAAGGCCAAAAACAAAAUUCAGAUUCGGGUGCUCUUGCCGAGGAAGAAUGGAAUGACUCUUGCCACUUUUUCUUCCCUUAUGCCGAUGCUGACUCUGAUCGCCUUGAAUACUAUCCUUUCCUUAGGAAUAGCAGGAAAGAUCAGAUCCAUUAAGACUAUGGGUCAGGGGUCAGGAUAUUUAGUUAAACCCUCCCCAGUCUUUAACCUGGGAAUAAAAUAUUUAAAAAAGAUCCUCCCGGAAAAGCUUGAACGUGUCGAGCAGAAGUCUUUCCAAAGCCAAGUAUGGUUAAGCUUCUUGUCCCACCUCCUAAUGGAAACUCGGUCUUUUUGUCCGACAUGCCUAGAGAGCCUCUAA